AUGGCGCAGCUCUUUGAUCUUCCCACAGAGACUCUGCUGGAAGUUCUUUCUUGGCUACGUGGUCCUCGUGAUAUAAGAACGCUGCUGAAUCUCUGCUUGACAUCGAGGCGGUUGCGAACCAUUGUGCAGCCAUGCCUCUUCGAAGUACCUCCAUACCUCUCUGGGCUGAAGUCUCUUCAUAUUAAGGAUCAAGCGAAAACGCGACAUCCAAACAUGAAGCAGCUGGUUGAGAUGAUGUGCUUGCCUGAAUUAAAGGAAUUCUCAUUGGCAGUUUGCAAUGGCAAUGGCUCAGGGUGCCCAGACUUCAACCUUCCACCCGGCUCGUUCCGGUUUUCCGAGUUGCAACUCCUGAAAGCAACACUAAGUGCAACACAGCUGACGAACAUCAUGCGAGCGUGUAAUCGCCUCGAGGUACUCGUAUACGAAUCAAGCAUGACCUGGACCAACCGAAGGAGGACAAACUCUCAGUUCGCAGCCCCAGAGCUACUUCGCUGUCUGGAGCCCCAAAAACAGAAUUUGAAGUCGCUGCGCGUCGAUUUGGAUGUGGCUGAGCCCAUAGCCAUCGAGAAUUGGCACCGCUGCCCUCGGUAUGGGAGUUUCCGCGAAUUCGAGAAUCUCAAACACCUGGAAGUGGAACAAGGCAUAUUACAUGAAUUUCGGAAUUUACCACCCAAUAUCGAAUCUGUCACAGUUCUCUCCUGCGACUAUCCAAUUUAUGAAAUGAUGGAUGGACUGGUACAGUGUUACGAAGUCGACUUUCCAUGCCUCGAAAAUGUUUUCCUGAGGCCCAAAUAUCCGCCUGCGAGCGGCAUGCUCGACAUCCCCGGCACGUACUCCUUUAGUGAUCUUGAGGAAGAUUAUUGGUUCCGUGAACAGUACAAGACCGGUUGUUGUACUCUGGAAAAUAUUGUCGACGAUGUUAACUUUGAGCUCGAAGUUGACUGCGAUGGGUGGGAGAUGUAUAAGCACGGCGACUUAUGA